AUGUCAUCCACAGGCAUCUCUAAAAGGCCGGACCCAAAGCCAAAGGUCUCUCCUUCCAAUGUGGAUAAUGUGGUAAAAAUGGCAGAAAAUGGGUCUCUUUCUGCAGACAAGUUCCAGAGUGGUGUGGAACAGGCCUCGAUAUCCCCAGCAAACUCGAAUCAGAACCAGAUAUCUUAUCCCGAUGGGGAUGAUCUGGGCCGGAUGCACCAAGAUGCCCCUGUGGAGGAGAAUUCCCCACACCAACCUGAUAAGGCCAUCCCAUCGAUCGAGUCAGAUGAUAUCGAAAUGAAAGAUCUCAGUCCAAGCCGUGCAGACAAUGACCAGCGGGAAUCUGCACAGAGCAAUCGACCGGAUGUACAAAGUGAUCAUCCCCAUCCAGAAGUGUCAUCAUCCCAAAGCCAAGACACCGCUGGCCUUAUUGAAGGCUUUAAAUGUCUGGCUGUCAUCGAUACGCCUCGGAAAAAGAAAGCAAAAUGCCCCACGGAGGGCGAGCCUCUUGAUCCCAACGCCACUGUCGAUGGAUGGGGCACGCUUAGAGGAUCCACCUUCGUGAUCGUGCAAGAAGGUCCACCUCACGCGGCCAAAUUCACAUUCAGAUAUGAACCCAGCUACACCAACGAUCGCUUCGCCAGUACUACCGACGAAGACUUCCGAAUCUCGGCGAUUCGAGACCGCACUGCUAGUGGGAAGAAGGUAUAA